CAUCUGCUUCCCUUUUUCAGAUUUUGUCAGACAUGCUCUGUACCGCAAAGAAAAAAUACUGCCUUAGCCUAAAACAUUCUACAACAAGAGGUAACUGUCUAAAUUUAAAGCUUCUGGUGACGAAAAUGUGAAAGACAAAAGGCUUCUUUUGGUGCUAAAACUUUGAUGGUAGUAAGGUUGCCGGGAAACAGGACUUAAAGCAGGAAAUAUGUAUAUCAGGAGCAAUCAGCCGGUUUGGGAAGAGUAAAGGAGAAAAGAAAAUUGAAGCACAAAGUUUAAAGGGGAAAGGACAAAAAUUCUCCAUUUAGGAAGCCCAAGAGGAGGACAGGGCAAAGAAGGACUUAAAGAAGACGAAAGAGAUGGUGGCAAUGCUGCCAAUCAGGUUUGCUAAUGCUUAACUAAAAAACAGCUGUGAAGGACUGCAAUCUUUCUAAAGAUGUGGCUGUGUUUUUGUUGUUCAUGUUAAUGUUUAUUGUAUUUACAGCAAUAACUCAAAGAGCUAUUAAUAAUAUUGCUGUGGUUCUUGCGAAAUGUUGCUGUGUUGUAAUAAACAGUUGACAAGUUAUAAAAAAGGAUUCUGCAGAGGAAAUGAAACUCGUCACUGAGAUGUGAAUAUGUCCCAGGAAAAUCUGUAUUUUAGGGAAAUUACCUAUUUGUCUAGAAUUUGAAGAAAUCUUGGAUCCAGUGACAUUACUGCUGGAGAAUCAUAAAAUGGCAGCAACUAUUGGCAACAGGAGCAGGAACAGCAACUGUAGUUAUAUAGUUCAAACAGACUUGUUACCUCCUAUCUACGGUAUAGAGAUGUGUGUGGCACUGGUGGGGAACAUACUGGCGCUAUGGCUGCUUGUGACAAAGGAGAGAAAGUACUGGCACACAGGAGUGGUGUUUUUCUGCAACCUGAUCAUAAGUGACAUCUUUUAUGCCCUCACACUUCCACUUCUAAUCGUCUACUAUUCAAGAGGACGGGUCUGGGGAUUUGGUAAUGCACUCUGCAAAAUAGAGCGUUUUCUCUUCACCUGUAAUCUCUACGUCAGCAUUUACUUCAUCAUGUGCAUCAGUGUUAAUAGAUACCUGGCCAUCGUUCAUCCAUUUUUCACACGCACACACAUUCGCCCAAAACACGCCAAGAUCAUCAGUGUGUUUGUCUGGAUAUUUGUUGCAAGCAUUUCAUCUCCAGUCCUCUACUAUUCAUGUCUGAAUAAGGGCAGAUGUUCCUUAUUUGCAAAUCUUAUCAAAUCAAACAUGUCUAUCUCUAUGGUGUUAAUGGCUGUUACAGGCUGUUUGGUACCUUUUGUAGUUACUUUUGCAUCAUAUAUUGGUGUUUUGUGUGUGGUUUGCAAAAAUACAAGUAUCACUCCACUGGAGAAAAGAAAAGUUGCCGUGAUUGUGGGUUUAGUCUGCAUCCUGUAUGUCGUGUCUUUUUUCCCCUAUCAUAUUCUGCAAAUAAGUUUCUUUAAACUGAUAGAAGAAAAUAAGACUAAUUGUUUUGUGCGUAAUGGAUACCAAGUGUCAAAGGCAUUAGCCUGCCUGAACAUGUGCCUUCAUCCCAUCCUGUACAUGGCUGUGUUUGACAGUAUCAGGGCAGUGUGCUGCAGAAGGAGCUCAAAUUAAUACAACCUUUUUGUUCAUAAUAGGUUUAAUCAUGCUAUUUCUUUCAGGGCCCACUGUGAUAUUCUAUAAGUCCAUUAAGACUGUAGCAAAGCUAAGCUGAAGUUGAACCUAAAUUUAUUACCAUGCUAAAUUCCAUCACAUUGAAAUAUUUAACAGCUUUGUAAACGUCAUUUCCUUUUUUAGGAUUUCCAUUUUAAACAGUUAUUGCAGGUUAACUAAGGAAAAGCGGAACAUUCUGAAUGCUUACCAAGUCAAAAGUGUGUAAAAUAAUCCUCCAAAAGUGUGGCAGUAAAACAACUACACAGCCAACAGUGGUGCUUUGUCUAGAAACUGACUCAUUUCAAAAACGAGACCACAAUAUGGUGUUACAGAUGUAUUAGUACCAGAGACAUUUUUGACACUUUUGACUUCACAUUUUUCUUAGUGCAUAAAAGUGUUAAUUGUAAUGCAGCUGAAAUAUACAGUCGUAUCUGUCGCCAUGUACAAACUUUACCGAAGGUUAGAUGAGAAUGUUAAAAUUAAAUGCAUUCAAUAUAGAGAAGCUAUAAGAGCAAAAUUAUCAAGCUGAGACAAUACAACAGCUGCUUCUCUAACUGUAAAGCCUUGUAAUGGCAAUUUAAUAAAUAAAUGAUAUAUUCCUCCAUUACUGUCUGCAAUAUGCUUAAAGAUGUACUUUGUAUGUGUAAAACAAUCAUGUAAAUGCUUCUUGAAUACUCUGUAAAUAUAAACGAGAAGUGUUUUAGGAUUGUUGUCUGUACAUUGUCGUGUCUUGUUUAUUUAUUUAUUUGUUUGUUUUUUGUGGUUGAUUAGCCUUGAGGUUUAUAUUGAACAGGAGCUUUAACCCACAUACUGUAAGGGUAGCUGGCACAGAAUCUGAAAAUAUACUGUGUAACAGUAAUAAUGUUGAGUUAGUCAGGCUUAUAUUAUACACUUAUAAUAGUUAUAAUAUAGUAGUUAUAAUAAUGUUUAUCUUUCUAAGGAAGAAUCCUGUUUUUCUUUAAACCUUCAGUGUUUUGUAUGUGGAAUAUACUGAUAUAAGAUUAAUGUAAGUAAGUAAUAAAAAAAAACAUAUCCUACAUUUUACAUAUUUAUGGUUACAUUUCAUGUUAUGGAGCAUUAUCACUCAGAAUUAUUAUCAGUCU